AUGGAAACUUAGAUUCAUCCUUACGAUUUGACUAUUGAUGAUAUUGCAAGGCUAAAGACAUUCAAAGUGAAACUGAAAGAACUCCUGCCAAGAUUGACGAUGGACAUGAUCUCGAGCAUUAUCCUAAAAAUAGACGUUUAGGUUGAUAUCAUUUCUUGGGAGGAUUUUCUAAGAUUUUUAGAGAUGGAAGGUGAUAUGAGAGAAAUGAUAAACGAUAUGAGAAUUAACCAACCAGGAACCACCAGGAUAAUUAAAGAAAGAAAAUUUAAACUUACCAAAAAGACUAACGAAGGAAUGGAGAGUACUGCUAAAAGUAGUUUCUCUUUAGAAAAACUUCAAUUCAUGGACAUAAUGAAUCUAGAAUAUCUAAUUACUGUUUCUGACACCAAAGAAGUAGAGAUUUAUGAAUUUGAGGAGAUGACUUCAAUCUACAAGUUCAAUUUCAUUUCAAAUUACGGGCAAGCGAACAGUAAUCAACCCAUUACAAAUCAAAAGAUAAAAAAUUUUCCAAAUUACUCUAUUACUUCGAACAUUAAACACCUUAAGAAUCAGCAGUCUCAAAUGCAAAAAGCCAUACCUGAUUUUUCAAAAUACCAAACAUCUAAUAUGAAGUAAAAAUUCUCUCUCACUAAUCCAAACUCCUCAAGACUGGAUCAUAAUAAAUCAGAGACCACAAGGCCAGCAACUAAGCUAAAUUCAAGAGAACAAUCAAAUAUUAAGCAACCUGAGAAUGACUACUUUCCUAGAGUUUAAAGUCCUAAUGACAGCUUCUACAAUGGUCAAAUCCCAAGUUAGCAGUCAUUUACUCAUAAAGUCAAACAAUUUAACUAUGAAAAUAUUCAAGCCUCUGCUACCAAAGGAAAUUUCAAUGUUUCGAGGAAGGCUUCUCUGCGGAGAUCCUAUGAAUCUCCAAACCAAAAUAACAGAUUGAUGUUGGGGAGACACUAGUCAGAUUAUAACUCAGUUACUGGCUCUGUAUAUAAAUCUCAGUUUAUGGGAAAUAACAAUGAAAAUAAAAACAGCCAAAAGGCCCUAUUUCAAGAGAAGAGUAUAUCAGAAAAGUUCUCCUAUGAUUUGACUAAUCAUAUUAGGAAAGCCAUCACUUAAAUGAAUUCACCAGAGAGCAGUCCAAUUAAUCAAAGGAACGCAAGUUACCAAAAUACCAGUGAUAAAUAAGGAACUUUCAAAAGACCUAGAAUGAAUUCACAACUUAAGAAAAAACAGAAGAUUAAAAUGUUUGGUGUACUUGGCAUAGACCCCAUUGAGGAUUAGACUGCUAAGGAUUAUCUUUAAAAUAAGCUUCUCAGAGAGACUAAUAUAUUCAGAAAUAUUGCUUAAAAUGGGUCAAGUGUUAAUUUGUAGUUGCACCCCUUUGGACUAAAUGACGAUUUGUUUAAAUCUAAGCAGCAUCACGAGAAAGUCAAGUCAAUCUUCCAAAGAUUCGAGAGAGCAAUAGACCAAGAAAUGGAGAGCAGAGAUAAAUAGUUCAAUAAAUAUCUUGAUUAAAAAGGUUAAAGGUCUUCUUAGUAAAAUCUAGUCAAAUGUGGAGACUCAUCCAAGUCAAUACUGAUCUCUGAGUUUUAAAUAGGCCCUCAACAGACUUAAAUUAACAUCAAUCAAAAGUAAAGUGAUCAGAGAAAGUUAAAUUUAAGUCAUAGCGGAGUAAGAUUCACAGCUCAGAAGGAAAAAUCCAUAAAAAGAAAAUCACUCUAGGGCAAUAACAAAGUCUCGGUCUCCUAGCUAGAUGAUCCAAAACUUACUGAAAACUUUGAUGACUUAAAAAUUGAGAAAAGAGUGGACCAAUUGGAAGCAAAGUGUAUCAAUCUCGAUGGAUUUAUUAAGAAGAAUACGGAACUCACUAAUUUCAAGGUAAAGGUUGCUGAUUCCUGCCCAUUAGCAAUUGAAUAGAACAGAAAAAAUAAAUCGUAGACAAGGAAAUUCCCGAUAACUGAACAAGAAAAAGAAUAAAUAAGAAUCUCAGUUUAGAAAAAGCAAUAGUUCCUGGAUAAAAUUUCUAAAGAAUUAGAGGAAAAAGAGAGGAUUAAUCUUAUCAAGAAAAAGCAAAGGACCUAAGAGGAAUAUAUAGAUGAUUCAAGCGAGAGUGACGAUUCUGCAUAAAAGAAAAAGAAAGAUGUUAAAAAGAUAUACCCCGUAAGCAUUAGCUAUCACUAAGACAGUAGACUCUUGACAAUCUGCUUGAUUGACUGUGAUAUCAAAAUCUACAUGCUAAAGAUGUAAGGAUCAACUCUUCAAGUCCUCGAGUAUCACUCUUUUUACAGUAGUUACCUGCCGGUUUGCUCAAAUCUCUCGAAAUUUAAAUUGAACGGUAAUAUCAUUUUGUGCCUAGCUUCUCAAGAAGGACAGAUUGAAAUAUUUUCCUUGGCAGAAAAAGACAAAGGUAAACUAAUUUGGUCUGCAAAGCUUCAUUAAUUUGUGGCAGAGCACGGACCUAUUACCAAACUACUAUAUCACAAAGAUGUAGGUUUAGUUGUUUCGACAUUCAAAGGCCUUUUGUAAGUUUAUGAUAGUAUGGAAUUCAAGCUUCUCUGGGAAACUAACAAUAACAUUAGAAAAGAAAAGUCUACUAUUACUACAUUUGAUUACUCAUAGUAAAUCGGUUUUAUUGCUGUUGGUGGCGUAGAGGGCAAGCUACUCAUGUUUGAUCCGUCUGCCAGAAUUCUGACUCAAAGUUGCUCCAAGGCACACACUUCUGAGGUUAUGGAUUUAUACUUCUACGAUAAACAUAUGCAAUUAAUAUCAAUAUCAGUUGAUAGAACUAUAAUGCUCUGGGAUUCCUUGAAGUUAGAAUGCAUUUAAACUAUCAAAGACACAUCAAAUUAAGCUACAAGAUUCUACUCAUCGACCUGCUUUAACCCACAGAGAGGAAUUUUAUUAACUGCUUGUGUAUUUGUAAAAGUAUGGAGAGCUAAGGUCGAUAGAUAGGUAGAAUUCGAGAGUGUUUAAAGAAAAGCAAUUACGAAAAAUGCUCUUAAGGAACAAGUUAAAAGAAUUCAGAGACAAAUAGACAUAUUUGAGCAAGGGAAGGAAAUAGAAGAUAAUUAUGAUGUUGACCCAGAACUUAAAAGAAAGCAGCAAUAAUUAGGUGAGGAAUUGGUAGCUUCACAAACAUAUAUUACCUCAGGAUUCGAAUAACUUCAAAAUUACGCAGAAACUGGAAAUGUAUUAGUUACUAACUCAUCAAAGUUAGUAUCAGUAAUAAUCUUAGAGAGUAAAGAUUAACUUGUUACUCUUGACUCAGAUUACUUGAUGAGAAUUUGGUCUCUCUAGACUGGAAAACAAGUGACAACACUACUCUUAAAAACGCAUUUAAAAAACAAUGCAAUAAACAAGAAAUUGACUUGUGCAGCUGUUGAUCCUAAAGAGAAAUACCUAGCUGUUUCUGAUGAGGAAGGUCUCAUAACUAUUCACAAUAUUCAUUCUGCAGGUAUCUUGCACUCGUUAUAGAAAAUUGGGUCAGAAAUGUCGCAGCUUUAAUUUUUGACAGAUAACACAAACUUCUGGCUCAGUGGAGUAGGUUGGGAAGGGAAAGUAGCAUUUAUCAAACUCCCGAUGUUUCAGAAAAAUACUUACACAAUCCCAAUUAUGCUGAAGAAAUCUGUCCAUACUGGUGACAUUUACACUAUUGAUCACACUGAGAACUAUGCAGCUACUGGAGGCGUAGAUAAUAAAAUUUGUUUGUGGAAUGCAUAGUCUGGAAGUGUCAGAGCAAUAAUUGAACUACCAAAGGAAAGGCCAAAUACUUUUGUCUCUCACGUUAAAUUUGCCAAGACUAAUAGGUAGACUCUACUAUUUGUUAUCUAAAACACCGGUCAUGUUCACUGCAUUAAUCCUAUCACAGAAGUCGUCACCGAGAAUAUCUUGAAAUUGCAAAACAAUGCAUUUUUCGAUUUUAGUCACGAUUUAGACCUCAUGCUAUCUAUAGGUGAGAGUGGAAAGGGAACGCUACUUAGUACCAAGCUAUAGGAUAUAUCACCAAAGAACAAUUUUGUUAAGGCCAAAACCAGAAUAGCUCCAAAGAAAAGUAUGAAUAUCAAGGAUAGGCUGGAAAAUGUUCUCAUGACAAAUUUGGAAAAACGGAAUGAAUAUGAUUUUAAUCUCUGCUUUGAUAAGAUAAAGGAAUGGACUCUGCAUAAAGUUGUAAGUAUACCAAUGAUGACUAAUUUCUUCACAUAGGCUCCCCAUUUGAAUUAGGCAGUUAUAAUUUGCAAAUUUUCAAAGUUCAAAAAGUACUUCUUAACAGGUACUAAUCACGGAGAAGUCAAACUCUGGGAUUUCGAUGUAUGA